UUACAUCAUCAUCAUUAUUAUGAUGAUGAGGAUAAUGUUUAUUUUUUCCUUGAUUUUUGUUGUUGUUGUUGAUUCAAAUUUUAUCAAAUAGUAUUCAUUCUUUUCUAUCUAAUUCGAUCAAGCAAUCAAAUCAAUCAAAUCAAUCAAUCAAAUCAAAUCUAUCUGAAUUGGACAACCAAACAAAAUGCAUCUUGAGUAUCCGAAUGUGCCUUAUUGUGGUCCAACAAGUGAACAACUUCAACCUGGAUCAAUUAUACAAGCCAAAGGACAAUCACAACCUGAUUCAAAUUUUUUUGCAAUAUCAUUACAAUGUGGAUCAUCCCUAAAUUUUAAUGAUGAUGUAGCCCUGUAUUUAAGUUUAGCAUUCAGUCCACCACCACGUAUUAUACGAAAUUCAUUAAUUUCUGGACAAUGGGGACCUGAAGAAAGUUUUGGUGGUUUUCCAACCAAUCCUGGUGCACCAUUUGAAAUAUUAAUUUCAAUCGAACCGAAUGAAUAUCGUAUAGCAAUUAAUGGACAACAUUUUACUGAAUAUCAUCAUCGUUUACCAUUUGAACGUAUUACACAUGUUUCAUUAACUGGUGAUGCUCGUAUUGAUUCAUUUUCAAUUUGGUAUACAAAUAAUCAUCAAAUGGGUUCUUCUUCAGGCAAUUAUCCUGGACUUUAUCCACUUAUACCAUCGGAAUUGGCUGCACCACCACCAUAUAAUAAUCCAGGAUAUGGUUUCGAAGGACAACAAGGAGGAAUGCCACCUUAUCCUACCGGUCAAAUACCAUAUCCAACAGGUCAAACACCUUAUCCACCUUAUGCAUCACAGCCAUCAGGUUCACAAUAUCCUCAAGCUUAUCCUCCUUCUGUUCAACCUUCAAUGCCAGGAAAUUAUCCAAAUCAACAACCUUAUUAUCCAACUGCUAGUGGAUCAAAUUAUUCAUAUGAUCCACAACAGCAACAAGAAUCAGGAAAAAAUAAAUCAUCUAGUGGUGGAAUUGGAAAUAUGUUAGGUGGUGCAUUAACAGGUGUAGCUGGUGGUAUAGCAACACAUGCUAUUAGUAAAAAAUUAUUUGGUAAACAUCAUUCACGAUCAAUGGUACCUGGUAUUGUUUCUGGUGUUGCUGGAAAUGUUCUUUCCGGUGGUGGUAUUGGUGGUGGACAUCAUCCAAAACAUAAACAUAAAAAAUCAAGUGCAGCAAUACCGAUUGCUGGAUUAGCAGCUGGUGCAGGUGCUGCUGCAUUAGGUGCAACAUUAUUAGGUAAAGCAUUUAAACAUAAACAUAAAGGAUCAUGGUCACAUAAAGGUUGGGGUGGUCGCCAUUCAUCAUCAAGUUCAAGUUCCGAAGAAGAAUAAUUUCCGGAAAUAUUUUUUUCGGGAAGAUUUUUUCCGGAAACAUUUUUUUUUGUGAUAAACAUUUAUAUAAAAGGAAUUUUAAAUUGAAUUUCCAU